CAGAAGCUAAACAAAGUUGUUGUGAUUGGAGGUGUGCCAUACAAGACAUCAUCAAAUAAACUUACAAAAACAAAGGCAUCUUCAACCACAGCUGAGCAGAGAAAGAAAACAAGUGCACCGGAAUCUCAAAAAAGGGGUCAGUUUUUGUAAUAUUGUAUUGUUGCACUUGCUGACAAAAUUUUAGUGAUUGUUAAUUUGCGGGUAACUUUUGUCCUGGAGAUAACUUGUACAGUUCUAGGUCCUAACAAGUAAGAUUUUUGAUUUAUAACUCAUCUAGACAUAGAUUAAAUACAGUUGGCAUUAAGGAAAGUUUUUGUCAACAGUGGCCUGGUGAUGCAAAUAGUAAAAACAUAAGCCUUGAGUGAAACAUUUCAUUUUCACCAUGACACAUAAGGUAACUACAAGUAUCUUUACAUAUUUAUAAUUAUCUGCAAGCAUAAGAAGACUUGUUGCCUUGAUUGUAUGUGUAUUACAAGAAAUGCAACGGUUAGUAGUUGGAACAAUCAGGAAAAGUUUACCCCAGACGCAUUGGCACUGAGGAUCAAGUUUUCUUAUUUGACAUUUCAUAUAUGGACCUGCCUCCUGUUUUGUUACAUUAACCAAAUUGAUCACAAUUUUAAUGAUGAAAGUUACAAAACAAUAGUGAACAGUUGCAAAAAUAGUGUGAAAAACAAAAAUCAUUGUAUUUUAGGAAAGAUGUCAAAAACUGUCACUAUUCAAGGUGAGAAGUUUGUGAUGGACUCUAAAGGGAAGACACUUCACAGAGUCAACAAAGGUACAGUAGUGACUUUUCCCUAGUGACAAGGAAUUCUGAUAAAAGUGCUGUUCUCAAUUCAGCUUCUCCAUGUACUUGCCUUUUGAUUAGCAGUUUAUGUCAAGCAAAUAGACAUUAGUUCCAUUUUUGUGUUUUAUCAAAGUAAUUAGGUGUGUCUUAAAGUUUUCUUGUUCACAACAAAAAAAUUAAUGUACUCUUUUGUUAAAAUUUUUUCGCCUUUUAGUACCUAGAAGGUUCAGUAUUUCAAAGCAGAACCAAGUUCUUACAGGAAGAAGGCGAUCGAGUAAUGGUCGCAUGACUGUUCUAUGUACACGGACUACAUUAGUCAAGGCUAAGGCCAGCAAUUCUCAAAACCAAACCCUUGCUAGGUAUUGUGCAUUGUUAUUAUUAUUAUUAUUAUUAUUAUUAUUAUUAUUAUUAUUGUUAUUAUUAUUCAAUAAAGUGAUGAUGGUGAUGAUGACGACGAUGUGGAUGAUGAUGAUGAUGAUGAUUGUUACCAUUUGUUAAGGCUAGCAUAACAAUAUUAUAAUGCUUGAAUCCAAAAAUAUUAUCAGUACUCACUAUUAUGUUUAUUGAUGUUGUCAGACAAUAGAAUUAAAAAUCAAUAUAUUUUUAUGUGUUGGUGAUAGAUGCCAUUUGAUAUAUUAUGAUGUAUGCAUUGUUAUGUGGUUGUUGACAUAUAGUAUUUUUACCGUAUAUCAAAUUAUCAUUGUAGAAAAUUUGAACAUGAUGAGGCAAGGAAGCUCUUAGAAGCCAAUAAGGCUUAUGAAAAUAACUAAAACAGCUAGUAGUAGACUUUAUUUGCAAGGAAAAAAUAAUUGUUGAAGUAGAGACUGUUAAAAGUCUAAUAAUAAGUCUGUUAAAACAACAAGUUGCCAUGGAAAAACAGGGAUACAAUAAAUAUUUAUUAACCUGAGACUUUUUUUGCAUUAAUAAUUUCAGUCGUGUGUUACGGCGCAGCAUUCACAAUGCCAGGCUCUUUCAUAAGAACAAAAAGAAGCCAGCAUCAGAGCAAUAUUGCAUGUUCUACAACAGAUUUGGUAAGAUUGUGUUUGUUAAUAUGUUAAUUCACUUUGAAUAAUUCAAUUUCUGGAACAUCGAUAGUUCUAGCAAUGGGGCUAGAAAUAUCAUUUAAUUACAAAAUUUUACAAAUUUUGUAUUCGUGAGAUCCUGUUUUAUACAUUUUACUCAAACAGGAAAGAAAAAACAAUAUCAUUCUUCGUACAAAAGUUUGUUUUUGUUCUAUAGAGCUUGUUAUAUGGUGGUUGUACUGUAAGAAAUUGUACACCAAGUUAGGCUAUUUUUUGCAGAAAAAAGGAAACCUAGAAUUUGUGGAUGCAAGAAUGUGACAGAGCAGGGCUCGAAAUUGCGACUGAUACGGUUGCCAAUGCGACUAACAUUUUCUCCUUGGCGACUAAAAAUUCUGGUUUAGUCGCCGAAGUGGCGACCAGAUUUCUCUAUGAUUUAGAUUUAAAUUAAAAGAGUAAAAUUAAAACGAACAUUUCCUCUUAUCUUGCUUUGCUUUCAUCAUUAAAAAAUGUGCCAAAUCGCAUAAACAUAGCCACUUUACCUCCAAAUUAUACCGACUUCUGUCCAUGAUACACUCUUUUUUUUUAUAAGAAUAUUGUUUUUCCGGCCCAGGCUGAAUAUUCUUAUUUUUCUGCCGAUUUUAGGCUGAAAAUAUUCUUGUAUUAUUCUUAAAUUAUAGCUUAUGACAUUUCCGUUUUAGAAUUUAUUGGGGUAUCAAUUACAAGUGUUUGGUAUCUAGAUCUGUGCUGAAUACCGUACAUAUGUAUUACAUGUACCGUUCAUCAAACUGUCAUUAGCGUUGAACAUUUUGCUAUAGCUAGUGCAGGUUUUUUCGUUUUGUUGGCUAGUUUCGCCGUUUAGAGAAAGGAAUAAGUUUAUACGGUUAAGUUAAAAACAUAAAAUUGUAUUGUAUUUACAGAUGUUUCAACACACAAAAUUAUAUCUAUCCUUUUCAAAAUCUCACUCAGCCUCGGCUUUAUUCUUAAAAUAUUCUUAAAAUUUCGCAAAUUUCAGCCUCGAUAUUCUUAUAAAAUAUAUUCUUAUAAAAAAAGAAAGAGUGUAGUUGCAAAUCUGAUGGAUUGCGCCAUACUAGCAGGCUGCAUCAUUGCCAUUAUACAAACUGGCGACUAUAUUUCCCCAGUUGGUUGCCAAAAGGUGACCUAAGGAUUUUUUUAAAUUUCGAUCCCUACGGAGAGUAAUUUCGAAAAGACUCACCUUCCCCUCAGAUGACCAAACAGAUAAAAAUUUUAUAGCGCCGCUUAGAAUACGUUUCUAGAGAUCUGGAUAGCCUAAAAAGUAUUUGCAAUGUAUUUAGGAUGAAACCGUCGUUGAGUGCCCCUGUAUUUAGGCAGUCACUUGUCGUCCAUUGUUGCUUACAAGAAGCUGUCACACAUGGAGGUGAAACUGUAAAAAUAACAUACAUACAUGUGACUGCUUUUUGCUUUUGUUAUGUAACUUGGCUAGGUGAUGAUUUUGUGUAAAAAAAAAACUAUUUUUAAAAUAGAUCACAACUUUCUUUUUUUAUGUCAGGAAAAUGUAACAAGCAGGAUACUUGCCCAUACAUUCAUGAUCCUUCAAAAGUUGCAGUAUGUACAAAGUAAGUUUGAGUUGUGUUGUUUUCAGUAGCCUGUUAGCAGGCGCUCGGAAGUACUGGGCACAAGAAAGAACGGGCGCGCGAGAAGGAGACAAGACACGCGUGUCUCCCUGGGCGGCACGUGCCCGUUCUCUCUUUCACCCACUUCUUCCAAGCGCCGGUUACGCAGGCUAUGUUUUCAGUUGCCCUAUAAAUUCUGUUACGCUGGGCUUUACAUUUUGCUACCAGGGUCACUAUCCUAUGGGGAUUGAAACAUUAAUUAAUACCCUCUGACAAUCUCUGGGUAGUGUCUAAACGGUUGAACUCAGCUGUCACAUCAUGGCACAAGCCUGUGUAGAAAUGGUGAAGUAACAUUUAUGUACAGCGAAAGAAUUAUCCUUCACAGAUACCUUCUCGUAAAGGAGGUAGGGGCACCAAUGAAGAGAAAAAAGGAAGAAGAGGACCGCAAGUGAAUUUUCUUUUACAGUUCCGACAAAACCCCCAGCUAUGUAGGCUAGCAGUGUACUAUAGUGUCUACCACUUUUGUGUAAAUUGUGAACUUUUUAUUUCAUCACAUUUCUUGAUCAUUUGUAGAUUCCUGCGAGGGCGCUGUAAAAAUUUAGAUGGGUCUUGUCCAUUCUCGCACAAGAUUGAUCGAGACAAGGUUAGUGUCUUACCCCUUCCACAGCAAGUGAUUUGUUGUAGAGUUUGUAACUGUAGCUUGGGCGCACAUUAAAUGCCAACAGUCGUUUGGACAGGGGGAACUUAUGCUACCUGUACUUAACAAAUAAAGAAGCCUUGACUGUGCUCUUUUCUAUCGUAAAGCACGCAGAGAGUGGUUAGAGCCCGAAAGAAGUGUAGGGGGAAACACGAGACGAGACGUAGUCGAGUGUUUCUCCCUACUUCUUGAGUGCUCUAGCUGCUUCUUAAGUGCUUUGCAACAGAACAGAGCACAGUCAAGGCUUCGUUAUUUGUUUUAUCAUAAAGAAUCCACUAAAUUCCCAAGGCAUUACUUUCUAAUUUUCAAAACGUCGCGUGACACCCACAGCUCCGUGUUUUAUACUCAUAAAGAACGCUUUUUCAACCAAUCAGAGUGCGCGUUUUGUCUGAACUUUAUUAUAAUAUUGAAUUAUUGGAUUUGCGGCAUCUAUUGUGACUGGCAAAAGUUUCAGACAGUUACUUGAGUUUUGCAUCUUGCACUGCAAGAAACGCAACCGUAAAAAAUUUACGUUUUUUGAUUGGCUAACGAAAUACUAAAGUCCUGGUCGAAAUAUGCUGGGUGGCGGUGGGUGGCCCCGGUUAAGUUCGUAUUGGCUGAAGUAACUCUUUACAAAAUAAUGUUUUUUUUUUUUCCUCAGAUGCCUGUUUGCCAGUUCUUUCUUCGAGGAACAUGUUCCAAUGAUAAUUGCCCUUAUUCUCAUGUGAAUGUCAGCAAGAAAGCUGAAGUGUGUGAAGAUUUUCUGAAAGGAUUUUGCGCUCUUGGUCAACAGGUAAACAUCAAUAUAUGUCGUGUAAGUAAAGGGAAGACUGUAAUGGUAAACGACACGAUUGACCAUUGAAGUCUAAGUGAAGUGAAGCCUAAUUUAGUCGGUAACAACUAUAGUACUCAACACCUUACUGGCAUACACCUAUCACGAAAUACGUGCUUAUAUUUAAGCAUGUAUUUUAUGUGUAUCCACAGAUUUUUAUGCCUUGCUUCAAAGUGGCAGGGUUUCAGACCCAGAGUGUUAGUUUGGUUUGUGUUAGUCCCCUUGCAGCUAAUCAGUCACGUGGUACAAAAAUCGCUAUGCUGGAGAGCAACAGACGCACUGGGGCACUGAAGACAAACAAAGGACAUAACCAUUUUAUAUGAUGUGAGCUGUUUGUUUCUCUUGUCUCAAUGCUUCCCUUGCUCUACGCCAAGGAGGUUUUGUACCACUUAAAAGUCUAGCUGCAAAGGGCCUACUAUGUUUACCCGAAUAAGUGCCGCCCCCGAUUAAGCGCCGCCCUUGAAUGACCGCCUCGUAUGGGACAAAAAAAGUUAGUAAGCGCCAAGGCUCUAAUAUAAUCGAAUCAGAAGACGUUAAUUCUGUUAGUUUGAUACGGAAAAUAACAACUCGCGUCCAACUUUCAAAUAAACGCCGCCCUCAAAUAAGCGCCGUAUUGGAGGCGUGAAAAAGGUUAUAAGCAAACCAGGUCUUCUCGAUGUUCUCGUACACUAGACCAGCCGAUCUGUCGGACGGCUUACUUCUGGAUAAUGGUUUGUUUCUUUUUGUUUCCUAGUGUAACAAAAAACAUAUUCUUGAAUGUGAAGAAUUUGCUCGAACUGGCAAGUGUUCAAAGGGAUCAAAGUGUAAAUUGAUGCACAGGACGAGAAAAUCUGCACUUCGUAAACGAAAAACUUCAACGAAAGAAGAAAAUACCGCGAAGGUAUCCAAACUGGAUUUUACGAACGAUGACGGUUUCUUGCCGCUGACCGCAAGCAUCUCAGGUUUGUUAAAUCACCGCAGGCCAUGAGUUGAAUUGCAUUUGGGCGAAGCAUCCGUUUCAGAUUUCCUCGAGGGACAAGUGACAUUAAUUUUGAGGGCUAUAUGUUACUUGUCAGUUUUAUUGGGAACUAAAAGGCCCUACUAUAAUAGAUUCAAAAACCAGCUAUGGGGAAAGAGAAGUAACUGCCUGGAAACGACAGCGCAAACGGGUCACUAGUAGCUAUGCAAGGCGCUCCCAUUCAGUAAAAUAUAAAAUGAAAUUUGCUUACAACUGCUAAAAACUGAAUAAUGUCAUUCAAGUCAGCAUGAUAUUGGCCUAGGAGCAGGCUCCGGAUUUCGCUCAUCUCUCGACUUUGCCGCUCGCGCGAAACCUGCACUACUGCGCUGCUGAAAUCCUCACUGCCUUGCCUGCGCAAAACUCUCGCUAUUCAGCUCGCUCGUAAUUGCUCCCAGGCUAGUAUAGGCAGCGUAGUAAUGAGGCUUCUUUCCUGUUGCUUAAGUUGUUUUGUGUUGUAGAUUCAGGUCUGUCUUCAGCUCAGGAGCCUUUGGAUAAUACAACAACAGAUGAAACAAAACAGAUGGCUGGUGAGAAU